AUGUUCGAAGCAUCCAGGCCGUACAACAUAGGUGUACCGUCGCACGCACCAAACCGACGGGCAUCUCUUUCACAUUCAACAGCGACUCAACUACGUUGUGCAAAUAAUAAAACCCAUUCACGAAAACCAUCUGCGAUUUGUUCGCUCUGCGAACCGAAAACGCGCUCCAGUCCGUUUUCUCGCAACUCUGGUGGAAUUUUGUGGAAGGCAUAA